CAAAAGACAAUUGAACGUUCUUCCAAUCAACAACCACUGGUCGCAUCGCCAAUCCGCAUCUGCCUGUCGCUUUUCACAAACCAUCACCCUCACUUCUGGCCACCAUUUGCCCAUGGAAAUCGAUUAGAGUCGACUCAAGACUCGGCGCUUCGACGCUUCCUGUAUAACCUGUAAUUAAUCGAGCGAAAUCGCGUUUACACCACCAAAAUGGCCGGAGAAAACGAGAAGCCGGGUCUGCUGGACAGCUGCUUCAUCUACUUUGUGCAAAGCAAGUCACUGUCGGCUAGUCUGAUCUCAGAACUGUCCAAGCUUGUACAAAAGCAUGGCGCCCAAGUCCUCGAGCCAACGAAAGACGGCAAAAUCCCUUUAGAACACGCGACCCAUAUUGUCGCCAACACGAUCGACUUCGAGCAGUAUCACGAUGCCCUCCAAUACAUGAUCCCUGUCGUCAACACCAACUGGAUCAAAAUCACGCUAGCACGGAACAAGGUCGCCCAAGUGAGGCCGUACUCCCCCGAUCCUAGAAUGAUCUUCUCCAAUGUCAUCCUCACCUGUGCCGAUAUCCCCGAGUCCGACAAGGAGACCAUUAUUGGUGCGACCAUGGCGCUUGGUGGUAUGGAAUCAAAGGACUUGACGCGUCAAACCACCCAUAUUUGCGCCCUGUCCAUGGACCACGAAAAGUGCCAGGAGGCCCAGAAGAAGAACCCCAAGUGCAAGAUUGUCCUACCGCACUGGUUCGAUGACUGCUUUAGGCUAGGGAGGCGAAUCAGCGAAGCACCUUAUAUGCUCCCCGACCCCGAGAUCUUGCGCACAGGGCCCGACGAAGAUAUCAAAAUCCCAACGAGCGAGGCCGUGGAAGGUGCCACGUCCGUUAUACCUAGUGCUGUAAUGCCGGGGAAGGAGAGGGAAAAGGUUGUCGUCUUCGCUCAGAAGAAGGUCAUGAUAUCUCAAGAUCUCCCUAUCAACGCCCGGCUGCGAAACAUCUUAAACACUCUGAUCGAGCAAAGCGACGGCGAGGUCGUGGAUGAUGUCGAUGCAUGCGAUAUGUAUGUGUGCCAAUAUCGCGACGGGGACGACUAUCAACGGGCGGCACAGCAAGGGAAGGACGUGGGUAACCUUGCCUGGCUCUACUAUCUCAUCGUACAUAAUGAAUGGACGAGGCCUACACGACGACUUCUGCACUACCCGAUACCACGAGCCGGAAUCCCCGGGUUCCAGAAUAUGAAGAUCACACUAUCGAACUACGGAGGUGAUGCUCGAGUAUACCUCGAAAACCUCAUUACUGCGGCGGGCGCAACAUACACCAAGACCAUGAAAGCCGACAAUACCCACCUGAUCACGGCUCGGAUGAACGGUGAGAAGUGUGAGGCGGCCAAGGAAUGGAACAUUGAGAUUGUCAACCAUCUCUGGAUCGAAGAUAGCUACGCCAAGUGCGAAGCUCAGACAUUUUCUAACCCCAGGUACCAACACUUCCCGCCUAGGACAAAUCUAGGCGAGAUCAUUGGCAGCACCUUUUUCGACGAACAGAAGCUGCGCGAGGUAUACUUCCCCGGUGGUGAAGAAGCUCUUAGCACGGCAGCGAAGAAAAGGCGCAAGGCGAAUGACGCUGCAAACAAGAAUGUGGAUGCUUCCAACUUGGCAGAGACCGAUGCCGGCAUCGCAAGCGAAUCGAGCCCACUCGGAUCAAAGGCAGCCAGCAGGCCACCUCGAGGGACGCAGAAUAAGCAAAAUCUCCAAACGCCAGCAAAGACCACCCGGACUACACGAAAUGGAAAGGAAAACCAUACGCCAUCAGUGAUGUCCAGCGGUAGCCGUAGCGCCAAGGAUAAGGCGCUGUCCAAGCUGCACCAGCUGGCACCGGAUAUCGCUUUGUAUGAGAAGGAAAAGAAGCGCACAGGAAAGGACGGUCCAUGGGGCGGCAAGCGGGCAGCAGACCAGAUCGACCGGGAUCGGAGCGUGAAGGAGUCAAGUCCAGCAGAAGGCGAGGACGAGGAGGACGAGACGGGCCAGAAGCGCCCGGCCAAGAAGGCUAGGGUCUCGUCAGGCCCAGUAGAGAUGCGCAUCUGCUUGACAGGCUACAAGAGAUGGGUAAAUGACAAAAUGCGAGAGGAGGCAGAUAGGCGAAAACUGCGCGCCAUGGGCAUACAAAUUGUUCAAGACAACGUUCCCUGCGACUACCUCGCCGCGCCGCGUAUGGUUAGAACUAUGAAGUUUCUCCGUUGUCUGGCUCGCGGCCCAGAGGUCAUCUCGUCCGACUUCGUCACCGCUUGCAUCGAAGCCGGCAAGGUCCUCCCCAUCAAGGACUACCUGCUCGUCGACAAGGAAAACGAAGCCCGUUUCGGCGUCACCCUCGAGACGGCCAUCUCGCGCGCCCGCGCCAACCGCAGCCGUCUGCUCUGGGGCGUGCCCAUCUUCUGCACGGCUGAGAUCAAGAACGGGGUGCAGAGCUACCAGACCAUCGCCGAGGCCAACGGAGCCAUCUUCAAGGUUUUCCGUGGUCGCGGAGGGUCGGCCAUCAAGCCUACUACGCCCGAGGAAGACGGAGGGGCACCGCCUGAGCCGGUCUACUUGUUGACGUCUCCGAGCGCGGCUGAGAAGGCGCUGUGGCCGAAGUUCGAGGAGAUGGCGAAGAAGGGGAACAUGGAGCCGAGGAUCGUGGUGUCGGAUUGGUUGUUGGAUGUGGCGAUGAAGCAGGAGCUGACGUUUGAUCCUAAGUACUUGGCGGUUAGGUACUUUGCUGAGAAUCCGCCGUUUUGAGGCUCCUACAUACUAGGUAGGAAUGGAUAGGGCGGAUAUGGGCGGUUAAUGUGAUCGUUUACACACACUGUUGUUCUCAGGUAGAAUUAUGGCAUGGCGGGUUCAUUGUUCUUUUUUUUUUUUUGUUUUGUUGGAGGGGUGGCAGGCUGGAGUGGUGGGU